CCUUCUAACGAGCAAAUCUUGCACGCCGCGCCAUGGCUGCCGCCGCUGACGACGGGAAUCCGAACAAAGCCUUGACUAGCACAAGGUUCUCCGACCUGAAUCCGCCGUUAUCUGAAUCGGUUCUGGAAGUGCUCUCGGGAUCUGGCUUCGAGUUCUGCACUCCCGUUCAAGCCGCCACCAUACCCUUGCUUUGUAACUACAAGGAUGUUGCAGUCGAUGCUGCUACUGGCUCUGGGAAAACCCUAGCCUUUGUAAUUCCUCUUGUUGAGAUCCUCCGCCGCGCCGGGCCUCCUAAACUCCAUCAGGUGAUGGGAGUAAUAAUCUCUCCAACGAGGGAGUUAGCGUCUCAGAUAUUUAAGGUUGCAGAGCCAUUUAUUUCAACGUUGUCAAAUGUGAGGCCCAUGCUGCUGGUUGGGGGAAUGGAUGUGAAAUCUGAUAUGAGGAAAAUAGAGGAUGAAGGAGCUAAUUUGUUGAUUGGGACCCCUGGAAGAUUGAAUGAUAUCAUGGAGAGGAUGGAUGCAUUGGACUUUCGAAACCUAGAGAUUUUGAUUUUAGAUGAAGCUGAUAGACUAUUAGAUAUGGGAUUCCAGAAGCAGAUAAGUGCAGUAAUUUCUCGCUUGCCAAAGCUUCGAAGAACAGGUCUUUUUUCUGCUACUCAAACUGAAGCAGUUGAAGAGCUUUCAAAAGCAGGAUUACGGAAUCCUGUGAGGGUAGAGGUUCGAGCUGAAGUAAAGCGGCAAAAGGAUUCUACAUCUUCUGAACAAGUUGCAUCUUCAAAAACUCCCUCGGGACUUCAUAUUGAGUAUCUUCAAUGUGAAGCAGAUAAGAAACCUUCACAGCUCAUUGAUAUCCUCCUAAAAAACAAGGCCAAGAAAACAAUUGUCUAUUUUAUGACAUGUGCCUGCGUUGAUUACUGGGGAGCCGUACUUCCACGAUUUUCUUCAUUGAAAGGAUUCUCAUUAAUUCCUCUCCACGGAAAAAUGAAACAGUCGGUAAGGGAGAAGGCAUUGGAAACUUUUACAUCACUUCCAAGCGGCAUUCUUUUUUGCACUGAUGUAGCUGCACGUGGGCUCGACAUUCCUGGUGUCGACUGUAUAGUACAGUAUGAUCCCCCACAAGACCCGAAUGUGUUUGUACACAGAGUAGGCCGAACUGCUCGGAUGGGGCGACAAGGAAGUGCAAUUGUCUUUCUAUUACCCAAGGAGGAAGCAUAUAUCGAGUUCCUUAGCAUCCGGAGAGUUCCACUCGAAGAGAGAAAAUGCUGCGACGAGGAUCCCGAUAUCAUUUCUCAGAUCCGUACAGCUGCAAAAAAAGACCGCGACAUUAUGGAAAAAGGAAUCAGAGCUUUUGUAUCGUACGUCCGCGCUUAUAAAGAACAUCACUGUUCUUACAUAUUCAGAUGGAAAGAACUCGAGAUCGGGAAAUUGGGCAUGGGAUACGGUUUAUUACAGCUCCCUUCAAUGCCGGAAGUAAAGCACCACUCUCUUUCCACCGAAGGAUUUGUUCCCGUCCAAGAUAUAAACCUUGAUGACAUCAAAUUCAAGGAUAAAUCCAGGGAGAAACAAAGGAAGAAAAACAUGGAGGCGAAACAAGCGGCGAAAGAGCAGAAGCAACUGAAGCCCAAACCGGCGGCGAACUCGUCGACCAAAGCCAUGCGAAAGAAAACAGCGCGGCAGAGACGCUCAGUUCAGACAACAGAGGAUGCGGAUGAGCUCGACCGGGAGUACCGCCUCCUGAAGAAGCUGAAAAAGGGGAAGAUCAAUGAAGACGAGUAUGCGAAAUUGACGGGCACUGAAGACCUGUGAUAUUCCACAGCAUCUUAUUACACUGAAAUUCGAUUCACAGUCGAAGACGGAUGGCUCCUGAUGAACCGGAAGCUGCGCCACCGGUUCUAUCUUUGUUCGGGUUGUGGACCGGCCGCGGGAGAACUGGGACAUCAUCGGCGACAGCUGUACUGGUUUGCUUGUUUUUUAUCGGAAUGUCUCUGUUUUGAGUUUGCUGAUGAUGUGGGAAAUUUGAAAGAGUUGCAACAAUAGAGAUGUCAAUGGGUGAACCAGCCCGGCCCACUCCAGCCCAGCCCGGCCUGUUAUUUAUAUAUACAUAUGAUUUAAAGGUUUAAUAUAGUAUUAUUAUGCAGGUGUUUCCUUUUUA